AUGAUAACAAGCAAGCCAGCCAGAAGCAGAGAUCGACCUUGUGCAUCACACUUCGAGUUUAUCUCCGUCAUGGGUGACAAUGUAGCCGGAGAUGCAGCCACGCGGCGACGCGUUCGCAGCCACGCGAUGGUCGACUAUCGCCGACGAACCGCUAAACCCAAGCGAAAGGAAACCAUUGCUAUUGAGUUUGAUACGAACCCGCUGCUGCAGGGCUCUGCUUCGUUACCUCUGCCUUUUUCUCCGCCAUUGCAUGAAAAGCAGCAGUCCUGCACAGAUGGCUCUGUCGCGUUAGCUCCGCUCUCAAUGCUGGAUGCAAGCCGAUCGGACCCCUUCGAAACAUUUCCGAUCGAUCGCGAUCGCCGAGCUCGUCGGCUCUGGGACCAUAUGUACGAUGGAACUUGUUCCAUGUUUCGAACCAUGCUCGACAUCGGCUUCCUCGAUGUCGUCCGUGAAACCAUCGCUCUAUCGCAACUGUUAUCAGCCUCGUCGAAACACCUGGGACAUCUAUACGCCGACGAUAGCAGCACGGAUCACUACAGAUACACCGUUCAUGCGACAACUCUCCUGCAGCAGCGUCUAGGAGACCCCGCAACUUGUGUUUCCGACGAGGUGGUCGUUGCUGUGCUGGCCUUCUGUUGUUAUGCUAACAUGACGCGGGAUCCAAAGCUUUUGAACGUCCACAUGGAUGGUCUAUCCCGUAUCCUUGACUGCAGAGGUGGCGCCCAGUCUCUCGACUCUAACCCGCUGCUGAGGACCAUGCUGUAUUGGGUGGAUGUCAAUGGCGCAUAUAUUCAAGACAGUAUGCCUCGAUACCAACAACCUCUAGCGAUCCUGGCCGGUCGCAGUAAGCUCACCAUAGCCUCGUAUCGGUUCGACUUAUCGCUUGAGAGCGGAACGAACCGCCACGUCUUUGUCUCAUAUAUCCGUCAGAGCCUUGCCGAGUUACAUAUGAUCAUGCUGUCCGAGUUAUUGAAACGGGAUCUCUGGUCUGACGUUCUGUUUCCCGGUUUUCACAUCUCACCGAUUCUACACAUUCUGCUGUCACACCCACGUGCCACAGUCCACGAUACCAUAGAGUCGCGUGUGAUGGAAUGCUUCCGGCUAGCUACGGUCGUGUAUCUCACAGAGCUUCGUGGGAGAUUUGGUUUAGACACCAUCCCUGGCCUGUUAUACGGAUCUAGGUUACAUUUACUCUUGCAUGAUAUGGAGCUCUCUCUGCUCUCGACGAGUCAUCAGAUCUACCUUGUCUGGGCAUUGACAGUCGGGUCUUGUGCUUCAUGUCUAAGUGAAGAAUUGCAAGGAACGUUUGUAGGCUUGCUUGGGAAAAUGAUUGUAUUCAUGGGAGUGGCUGAAUUUACUGACUAUCAAGAUCUUAUUGGACAGUUCCUCCGGAUUCCCGACGCUUUGUUUUGUUCACUGGAUGCGCUGGAGGACCAGCUAUUCUUUCCGUGA